UUCUUGGACACCCCGUAUAUGAUCGAACACGUGUGUUUAUGUUUACUUGGCACAAUGCUUACGCAAGUUCACUGCGCCUCUUUGGGCUGUAUUCGAGGAGUGCUAUCAGCGCUUAUUGCAUCAUUUCGUCCUUGUUUUACGUUUAAUUAACGAUAAUGACAAAACGAAAGUAAUAUAUAAGCACUGAUAGCGCUCUCCUCGAACGUAUAUAGCCUUAGAAAAACAUUAGCAUUGUGAUAACCUAAUUAUAAUAACAGUGUCUCAGGACAAUGUAACGGCCAGUUAGUUCAAUCGAUCUAGCGGAUUGGCAAACAAAGAAAAUUAUCAUUUUCUCUACAUAUUUUAUGUCGUUCAUGCUAUUUAACGCCCACGCGGCCACCGUGGAUCUCCAGAAGCUGCAGGAAUGAUGAGGCUCGCCAGCGGGAAUUCCCUUGCGGGAAUUUUUUUGCUCCUCGAAGCUUGCUUGCUCGUCAAUGCAAUCGAGAAUCCUGGCGCUCUCAACAAUAGCAUCCCGGUGAUAGUGAUCACCUGGGAUUACACGAAUGCAACGGCAAAAGCAUGGAACGUGAUAUACAAUCAGAAGAGAAGUGCUCUGGACGCGAUAGAAGAAGGCUGUAGCCUGUGCGAGGAGCAGCGAUGCAGAAAGACAGUGGGAUUUGGCGGCAGUCCGGAUGAAUCUGGAGAAACCACGCUGGACGCUAUCAUUAUGGAUGGAGUGACGAUGGAUGUAGGUGGAGUAGGUGGACUGCGAAACGUGAAGAAUGCCAUUUCGGUCGCUCGCAAAGUACUGGAGCACACGAAGCAUUCUCUGCUAGGCGGGGACUUGGCUACGGAUUUCGCUGUGAACAUGGGAUUCAAGAAGGAGUCCCUGCAGACGGACGAGUCCAAGGAUAUGUGGAAGCAGUGGAAGGCGAACAAGUGUCAACCCAACUUUUGGAAGAACGUCGUUCCGGAUCCAACAACCACCUGCGGACCGUAUCGUACGAGCGUCGUAGAAGGUGAUAGAAGCACGGUAGUAGGAAACGAGGAUAACCAUGACACGAUCGCUAUACUCGCGAUAGACUCGCAGGGACGCACAGCGGCCGGCACGUCUACGAACGGUGCCAAACACAAGAUACCCGGUCGCAUUGGGGAUUCUCCUAUCGCCGGAGCCGGCGCGUACGCCGAUCAGGAAGUCGGCGCGGCCGCCGGAACUGGUGACGGAGAUAUUAUGAUGCGAUUUUUGCCGAGGGAGCCGGAAAAAAUCUCAAAUCGACGAAAAGAAAUUAAAAACAGACUCAGCAUCUAUAAAUUUCCUUUACACGUCGUAAACACGCUGAUUUCACAGAGGAGCCUUCCCCCUUCCCGCAAAAAAAUUACUGACUGGGGUGGAGCCUACAUCUUCCAGUUUGGCGACACCUUCCUGGCGGUGGAGGAGAUGCGUAACGGAGCAACGCCGACAAUAGCUGCUAGGAAGGCGAUUAACAGGAUCGUCCAGCAUUAUCCUGACUUCUUCGGUGGGGUAAUCGCGUUGAACAAAAAGGGAGAAUACGGAGCAGCAUGUAAUGGAAUGUCCGCAUUUCCUUAUUAUGUAGCAAAUCCCACUUUGGGCCCCAAGUUACUUUCCGUUCAAUGCAGCAAUUAUAAUCCGUAAUAAAAAUGACGAAACUUUGCAUAUUUCAAUUUUCGAGCUGAUACAGAACCAUGUAUAAUACUGAGCCUUCUUAAUAAUAUAAAUAUGUAGAUGUAUACUGACGUGUGCAUAUGUACGUAAAUGUAUGAAAACUCGAUAAAUAAAGGAAACGAAAUGGUAUUUUAAAAAAUUCAUGCAAACUCAGUAUUAUAUAUGAGUUUCUAAUAAUUCCAUUUUAGCAAUCUUAAUUUAGCAGAUAUUUGUUUACAAAAAAAAUGUACAAUUUUUUAUUUAAUAUGAAAUUAAAAUAAAUUUCUAUAUUUUAACAAUUA